UUGAAUGAUAAUACGUAAACAAGUAAGGCAGUUGUUAAUUGUAUCAAUAUUUUUAAGAAGAAGAUAGAUUGAGAAAGAGUGGUGAAUCUAACCUCUACUAGCGUUUUAAAAAAUCGAACAAAAAUGUAUUUGAAUAAACGGUUCACGAGAGUUAUUUAUUGUUUAGUGGUAUCAUUAUUCGCAUUGGUGAUCAAAUACGUCCACGUUUUGAACGAUUUGUAUUCUUACUGGGCCCCGGAGGAAAAUUCCCUUAUUUUCGACUACAUUGUGGUCGGAGGUGGCUCGGCCGGAUCUAUAGUUGCCAGAAGGCUCUCGGACAACAAACAAAACAAAGUCUUAGUUCUGGAAGCGGGGCAAGACGCUUUCAGUAUACUAAACGUCCCUUGUUUGGGUUUGUUGUUGCAAAAAACAUCGUACGAUUGGCAACAUAGCACUGUGCCGCAGUACAACGCUUGUCUGGCGUUAGACAACAACGAAAGUCAGUGGCCCAUGGGAAAAAUUGUCGGGGGAACGGGCAUGUUUAACAAUCUAAUAUACGUCAGAGGUCACCGGGAAGAUUUCGACGAGUGGUUCGAGUUUAAAGAGUGUUACGAUUACGACGCGGACGUUUUGCCCUAUUUCGAGAGACUCGAAAAACAAGUUGAAUCUGGCGGAUCUGUUUACGUAAGUAGCUUACCAUUUAUCACAGUGUUGCCGAGGUUUAUCGCGAGGGCCGCGAAAACUUUGGGAUGGCCGAUCGUUGACAAUACCGCUGAAUCAACUAUUGGGAUGGGUGUGCCGAGGGUAAACUUACGCAACGGCGCUAGGUGGACCACCUCUUCGACGUUAAAAUCUCUCGGUAGAUCGAAUUUGAUUUUGAAAACCAACAGGGUCGUGACAAAAGUUCUAUUCAGCCACGAUUUCGAAGCAGUGGGGGUAAAAUACACUUACUCGGGCAGAAGCUAUUUCGCGAGAGCCAGAAAGGGGGUGGUGUUAUCCGCGGGCGUUGUCGGAUCUCCGAAACUAUUGAUGUUAUCGGGGAUCGGCGAUAAAAGCCAUUUGGAUACUAUUAAUGUUAGAACCAAAGUCGACUUGCCCGUCGGGGACAAUCUGCAAGAUCAUGUUACUACAGGAUUCGAUCUAGUUUUGUUAAACCGAUCGCUUGAUCUCGGCAUCGGGAGCAUGUUUUCGCCAGUCUCCGCUCUCAGAUAUUUUUUCCAUGGGUCCGGACCGUGGACCACUCUAGGAUGCGAGGCUGUUGCUUUCCUCCGCACGGCUGUCGAAAAUGCUACCUCCCAAAGGCCCGAUUUGCAAAUGAUGGUGAUGCCGUUAGCCAUCAAGGAGGACGACGGGAUCCAUUUAAGAAGACUUAUAGGCAUAUCCGACGAAACGUGGUCUCGCUAUUUCGCGUUGAACAAAAGCCCCGCCCUGACGAUCUUGCCUGUAUUGCUCCACCCCAAGAGCAGGGGGAGGGUGCGGCUAGCUGAUAAGAACCCCGCGUCGAGACCCCUUAUCGACCCCCGAUACCUGUCCAGCGACGAAGACGUCCGGACACUCGUUUUGGGCAUAGAAAAAAUCAAGCAGCUCACGCGUACUAAAGAAAUGGCCGAAUUGGGCGCCAAAUUGAACUCCAUACCUUUUCCGGGGUGCGAAAGUUACGAAUUCGACUCCGCCCCCUACUGGGAGUGUUACAUUCGUCGAUUAACGGUGACCGCGUACCAUCCGGUGGGCACGUGCAAGAUGGGCGCACUGGAAGACCCGACGUCCGUGGUCGGCUACGAUUUUCAAGUGAAACGGACCAACAACUUGUUUGUGGUCGACGGGUCGGUGUUGCCAACGUUACCGAGCGGGAACGUCAACGCGCCUAUCAUGCUGAUGGCGGAAAUCGCCAGCGACGUCAUCAAACGCGUUGACCAUUGGCGCGUGGGCAAGUGUCUGCGUGUUGACGCCUUGUUGCCAAAGAAUAUGUGUUAAUUCCGUUCCACCAGUUCAUUUGGUGGGGUGGUGGCGAUCGCCAAGUAUAUAAAAUUUAUUUUAAAAAAUGGAUGAUACUUUGGAACCUACUACAUGUUAUAAUACUUUUCGGGUGGUAC